AUGGCGCUCCGCUCUGCUCUCGCCGUGGCCAUGGCCCUCUCCCCCCUCAUGGGCAGCGUCGCCGCUCACGGCAACCACUCCCCUGAGGAGAUCGUCGCUGAGCUCGCCCUCCGCGACCUGGUGACCACCCACGGCCGCCGUGCCCUCGACGCCUGCGCCAGCUCCCCGGCCGCCCUGGCCCUCAAGCAGCGCGCCCUCGAGCGCCGCGCCGCCACCGCCCAGCGGCUGCGCGAGAAGCGCGGCCUCGGCGGCCAGAAGAUGCACCAGAAGCGCACCCAGGCCGACCUCGAGGCCUGGGCCGCCAUCGACCACGAGUCCGCCGAGAACUACACCCUCGACACGGCCAUCGAGGAGAUCUUCGGCUCCAACGCCACCUGCGCCCUCGUCCCCGAGACCACCAUCGGGCCCUACUACGUCGAGGGCGAGCUCAUCCGCACCGACCUCACCGACGGCCAGGCCGGCGUCCCCGUCCACGUCGACAUCCAGUUCGUCGACGUGGCGUCGUGCGCCGCCGUGCCAGAGCAGAUCAUCGACAUCUGGGCCUGCAACGCCACGGGCAUCUACUCGGGCGUCUCGGCUCAGGGCCAGGGCGGCCUCAACACGACCCACGGCCGUGGCGUGCAGCAGACCGACGCCGACGGCGUCGUGCAGUUCGACACCAUCUUCCCGGGCCACUACACCGGCCGCGCCACCCACUUCCACAUCAUGUCCACCGACGGCGCCGAGAUCCUCCCUAACGGCACCUUCGAGGGCGGCACCGCCCGCAACAUUGGCCAGCUCUUCUUCGACCAGAGCCUCAUCUCCGAGGUCGAGACCCUGGCCCCCUACACCUCCAACGCCCAGGUCCUCACCACCAACCUCGAGGACAGCAUCGCCGCCAGCGAGGCCACGGCCGAGUACGACCCCUUCCUCAAGUACGUCAGGCUCGGCGACGACCUCAACGACGGCCUGCUCAUGUGGAUCACCAUCGGCAUCGACACCACGGCCGACUACAACGACCAGGUCAGGGCCGCCGCUCACUGGCACGAGGGCGGCGGUGUCGACCAGAGCAGCGGUGGUGGUGGUGGUCCCCCCGGUGGCCCCGGUGGUCCCCGUCCCAGCUCUGCUAGGCCCACCGCUACGCCGUCCGUUGCCGCUGCUGCCAGAAACAGGGCGUUCUAA